GUGAAGACUUCAUUGUACCACCCACCAGAGCUGCCAUGUCUCGGUCACAUCCAGACAACGGUUUCUGCUGUUGGAGAUGAUGGUCUCAUUUAUGUCAGGACACAAAAUGCAGAGUAUCAUCUGGAGCAUCUGCGGGAAAGGAUUCAGCAGAGCAUGAAGACGUUGCCCAGACAGAAGCCCUACACUUGGAGGUCGGUGCAGGGCUGCGCUGUAAUCGGACCCGACAUGUUGUGGUACCGAGGACAGUUGCUGGAGUUACAGGGGGGACAUGUUAAGGUACAAUAUGUGGAUUAUGGCCUGGUGGAGAACAUCCCAGUGGUCCAUGUGUACCCUAUGCUGUUGUGUGAUGAUGUCCCUCAGCUCUGUGUGUCCUGCCAGCUGCUCAGCAUCAACCCUGUUGGAGGUGUGUGGCAGAAAGGUGCAGUCGCCUUGAUGAGAGAAGUGUUGAUGAACCGCUCUGUGGACCUUCACGUUAUGGAGCUGCCAGCAGACCCUCGACAGCCUCUCACAAGUGAGCUCUUUCUGGACGGCUUGAGCCUCAACCAGAUUUUGUGUCACCACCAACACGCCACCAUGAAGCGGUCUCCUUCACUACAGAAGGCGCUGACUGUGAUGCCUCCUUCACCCAUCCUGGAUGACUGGGAUAUAAACAUUGAGGGUUUAUUGGCCCCAGAAGAGCCAAUGCUGGGACCCUUUGCUGAGCCAAACCUUCCGCAGGAAGGACAGCACUUUAAAGUCAAGGUUAAACAUCUGUGGACUCCCAACGAGCUAUUUCUUUGGCUUCUGGGGGAAUCAGCUGAUUUAAAAUGUGAUGGAGACACUCUGCCUGAAGCUUUGACCAGAAUCAAUGCAAACAUCAACGAACUCCCACAACUCACCAGCUUUCCUUCUGGUGGUCCUUGCCUGGCUAAGUACAGUGAUGGCAACUUCUACAGAGCCAGACUGAUGAAGAUCACCAGCGUGGACCCCGUCUUAAUGCUGGUCCAACAUGUAGACUUUGGCUCUGACGACACUCUGCCACUCAGCAAGCUGCGGCAGAUGCCAGCUAAGCUGUUGCAAUUUCCAUCACAAGCCAUAAAAGUCAAAGUUGCUGGCUUCAAGGCUCCCAGUGUCAGCUGGAAUGAAGACGUGCUGCCCUACAGCCCCAAGUGGAGCGUGAGGGCUGUGAAGGAAAUGCUCGAUCUGUUGCACUGCAGCAUGACAGCAACUAUUGUUUCUCGAGAGCCAGAGCUGAAGGUGAAGCUGUUUAACGAGGAUGGAGAGCUGGUCCACCUGCCUCUAGUCAGCCAAGGUCUGGCCGAACUGGACUGAAGCACAACAGGUGAUUUUUCCUGGGUUUGUUUUGAUCUGUUCUAUUUUAGACGUUUGCUCCAGUCUUUUUGUUGUUUUUGCAGUUGGCUUUAGUGAGUUGAUGUGGCUCUUUGUUUUUGAGUCGCUUGACUUGUGAGAGACAGCCUUAAAAUGUAUAAAAAUAUUCAUUAAAGUUUCUUUAACACCA